AGUAUGAUUACAGUUUCCGCACAGAGCACAGUGCAGCAGCUCGCCUCCCCCCCAGUCCAACACGGACCUCCCUGAGCUCCGAGGCCUGAGGACCCCCCUUCUAACUCCUCUCUAACAACACUCUCAAGACCUGUACACAACUACUGAGGACCUCCCCACAACAAACAGUCCCAAACACCUGUACUGAAAAAAAAAGAUUCUGUGGGUCUGGCUGAAACCACUAUGUACAACAUUGACAAGCUGGAUUUAGAAAUGAGACAAACUUGCUCAAGGAAGUGGAAUGGAAUCACUUCUUCUCUCAAAAGAAUCGUGAAGUGUUGUUCCCUGUGAUACAAAUAACCACACUCCAUCUACAUGACUUCUUACAGACAAGAUAAAAGGAUUGAAAGGAUUCUUUAUCCUGAUGGAGGGCACCUGUAAGGCCUUUGCUCUCUCAGGUGGUGUGAGAGCGAGAGCAGCCAUCAUAUUUGCCUUCCACACCUGCUGCUCUGCUGUUGGCCUGAAUGGAAUCCUCCAGUUCACGUGUUGGAAACACAAAAGGAAACUCCACAUCAUAUGAUUUUGUUUUCAAGCUUAUACCAGUCUUCUCUGUGUUUCUGUAACAUACUGGUGUGACUAUGAGUGCACUUUGUGAUUUUGGAAUUUCAGUGUGCUUUCUGUUUGUCACAGAUAUUGUGUUAACCACUCCUUCACUGUGUGUGUGUGUGUGUGUGUGUGUGAGUGUGAGUGAGAGAGAGAGAGAGAACCAGGCUUUGCUUUAUAGAACCACUGUUUCUGUUCAAAAGUUACUAAACCAUGACUCAUUUUACACUGCUUGACUACACAUACCACUGUUCUUAUGUUUUUUUUUAAACCAUAGUUAAUGUAAUGUCUGCUAUAUUUUUUUUUUUUUUAGGGCUGGGUGUCAUUUUUCCAUAUUACAGAUGAUAGAACA